CCCAUGGUUUAGCUAUUUAAGUAAGGUAAUCUUUUUUUCAUUCUUAUAAAACAAGUUCUAAAGGGAAUGAAAGAAUUGAUUACGAAAUACGAACCCUUAACUCAAUUACCAAAAUAUCUUCACCAAUAGAAUAUAUAUCAAUAAAUUGAUACUAUAUAUAAGUAUAUGAAAUAGGAUUUUAUUUUAUUUUUAUACUUGAUUUCAACUCAUUUGCUCCCUCUCUAAUUUCAGACAUGGCAAAGCCUUGGCAUUCUAUUUUGUAAAGUAUUAUAAUACGAUAAAUACCAUUUUUAUGAUAUCGAAAGGAGCAAAAGCGAAACAUUAGAGUACUCAACCGUAACUGAGACAUGGAGAUUAAGAAGUCGUAAGGCAAUUAAAAAUUCUUCUUUUCAAACAUUUAUUUUUCCAAAAAUAAAAAAUAAAAAUUAUACGAGGUUUUGUUGAGCUGAAUCCACUGCACAUCUCGUCAAAAUCAUCAAUGUUCAGAGCUCCUUUUUCAGCUCGGAAAUCUUGAGAAGAAGACAGCCAGUGUAAUCGAUCAUCUCCUUCUUAGAUUUACGAACUCUCUCUCUCUCUCAUCUGGAAACUUCUCAAUUACACACUCGAAAAUUCUGGAGUGAAGCAGAGAUCACAACAUGAAAUCCUUCGUGAUUAGGGUUUUCUGGAUUCUUUUCCUUUUGAUUAGCGCCCCGAGUUUCUCUCAUGGCGACGAUUCCAAAAAUAAAUUCCGUCAACGACGCGCCACUGAUGACGAGCUUGGUUAUCCCGAAAUGUAACUCCUUUUUUGGGGAUGAAGAUGCCUUGUUGAACACACAGUGCCCUAGAAAUUUAGAACUUAGAUGGCAAACAGAGGUCAGCUCUAGCAUUUAUGCAACUCCGUUAAUUGCCGAUAUCAAUAGUGACGGGAAGCUUGAUGUCGUUGUUCCCACAUUUGUUCACUACCUUGAAGUUUUAGAAGGUUCUGAUGGCGACAAAAUGCCAGGUUGGCCUGCUUUUCACCAGUCAACUGUGCAUUCUAGUCCUCUGUUGUAUGAUAUUGAUAAAGAUGGUGUGAGGGAAAUUGCUCUGGCUACCUACAAUGGUGAAGUGCUUUUUUUCAGGGUUUCAGGCUACAUGAUGACUGAAAAAUUGGUGGUACCUCGUAGAAAAGUUCAUAAAGAUUGGUAUGUGGGAUUGCAUCCUGAUCCAGUGGACCGUUCUCAUCCAGAUGUCCAUGAUGAUUUACUUAUCCAGCAGGCUGCUAAAAUGAAUGCCAUGAACCAAACAAAUGGAAGUAUAGCUGAAUCUGACGUUACAGGUUCAAGUUACUCUAGCAAGGUUAACUUGUCCAGUACAGAGAAUGGAAAGAAAGAGAAUGGAAGUCAAAUAGAAGAUACCAUCAAGCUGCCAACUGGUGUCAAUAAUUCUUCUGCAAACACUGCAUCAGUGGGAAACAAUGAAGCAAAUAAUAAAACAAGUGUGGGGAGAUGGCUACUAGAAGAUAACAACUCAAAAGGUUCCCAGGAAGGUAGUUCUGAUUCAAAAAAGAAUGUUCAGGAAGCUACCGUGGAAAAUGAUCAAGGGUUAGAAGCAGAUGCAGAUUCAUCUUUUGAGUUAUUCCGUGAUAGUGAUAAGUUGGCUGAUGAGUAUAAUUAUGAUUAUGAUGAUUAUGUUGAUGAAUCCAUGUGGGGAGACGAGAAGUGGACUGAAGGACAACAUGAGAAAAUGGAGGAUUAUGUGAAUGUUGACUCACAUAUCUUGUCUACUCCAGUCAUAGCAGACAUUGAUAAUGAUGGGGUUUCAGAAAUGAUUGUUGCUGUUUCCUACUUCUUUGAUCACGAGUAUUAUGACAACCCGGAGCAUAUGAAGGAACUUGGAGCUAUUGAUAUUGGAAAAUAUGUUGGUGGUGGCAUUGUCGUAUUCAAUCUUGAUACAAAGCAGGUUAAGUGGACAAAGGACUUAGAUUUGAGUACAGAUACUGCCAACUUCCGUGCACAUAUAUAUUCUUCUCCAAAUGUUGUUGAUUUGGAUGGUGAUGGUAACUUGGACAUCCUUGUUGGAACUUCAUAUGGCUUGUUCUAUGUAUUGGAUCACCAUGGUAAUGUCAGGCAAAAGUUUCCUCUUGAAAUGGCGGAAAUUCAAAGUGCUGUAGUUGCAGCUGAUAUCAAUGACGAUGGCAAGAUUGAGCUAGUGACAACAGAUACACAUGGAAAUGUUGCAGCAUGGACUGCACAAGGGGAAGAAAUUUGGGAAGCUCAUGUAAAGAGUCUGGUUCCCCAGGGUCCUGCCAUUGGUGAUGUUGACGGAGAUGGCCACACAGAUCUUGUAAUUCCCACGCUAUCAGGGAAUAUUUAUGUUCUAAGUGGAAAGGAUGGUUCAGUAGUUCGUCCUUAUCCAUAUAGAACUCAUGGGAGAGUAAUGAAUCAACUUCUUCUAGUUGACUUUAGUAAACGAGGGGAGAAAAGCAAGGGACUCACUAUUGUUACAACAUCCUUUGAUGGUUAUUUGUACCUGAUAGAUGGACCUACAUCAUGUGCUGAUGUUGUAGAUAUUGGUGAAACUUCGUAUAGCAUGGUGUUAGCAGACAAUGUUGAUGGUGGUGAUGAUCUAGAUCUUAUUGUUACAACUAUGAAUGGAAAUGUCUUUUGCUUCUCAACCCCUGCCCCACAUCAUCCCCUGAAGGCAUGGAGAUCAAAUAACCAAGGAAGAAACAAUGUUGCAAACCGGCACAACCGUGAGGGAGUGUAUGUUACACAUUCAUCAAGAGCUUUCCGUGAUGAGGAAGGCAAAAGCUUCUGGGUGGAGAUUGAGAUUGUGGAUAAAGAUAGAUAUCCAUCAGGGUUUCAAGCUCCUUAUAAUGUCACCACAACAUUGUUGGUCCCGGGUAACUACCAAGGAGAAAGAAGGAUAAAGCAAAGCCAGAUCUUUGAGCGUCCGGGAAAAUAUCGGAUAAAACUUCCGACGGUUGGGGUAAGGACAACAGGGACUGUUGUUGUGGAGAUGGUCGACAGGAAUGGACUCUAUUUCUCUGAUGACUUCUCCCUCACAUUCCAUAUGUAUUACUACAAACUACUCAAGUGGCUUCUCGUCAUCCCAAUGCUUGGGAUGUUCGGUGUGCUUGUCAUCCUUCGUCCACAGGAGGCCAUGCCUUUACCGUCAUUCUCCCGAAACACUGACUUGUGAGAAACUGCACCGCAGUGGACCUCAACACAUCCUAUAGUUUACAUCACUUAAAUCAAGGCCACUGAUAUAGAUGUCUUUAGAGCAUUAAAUCCUACAAAAUUAGACUGCCAAGUUCGCAUUGAUUUUCCGUUUGUCUAAAAAGUUGGCCUUUUUGCUUUUUCAAUCAAGGAUGUCGGAAAUUGUAUCAUAGUCGAAUUUGAGUUUCAUUUUGACAUUAGCUAUUUACUUGUUUAUGCUCUUUUCUUCGCUGCUUUAUUGAUGGUAUUAUUCCUCAAAUGCAACAA